GUGUGCGCGGUAGUGAAUGUUAGAGAUGCGCUCCACGGUGUGUAUUAUAGCCGCUGUGUUAGUGGCCGCUGCCUCCGCUGUACCUAGCGAUGCUCAUAAGGCACACAAACGUCAGAUUUUCCGGGAGCAAGUGUCACCCCACAUGGGUGGCAAGAUCCCUGAGGACGCGUUCCGCACGGACCGCCUGGCGCUGAACCGACUCAACAAGGAGGGAAUCAGCGUUCCUGACGGAGUACUGCUGCAGCAGCGUCAUCGAGAGAGUCAUCACUCGAGUCAUAGACAUGACCCUGCCAUCGCAGCCAGCAUAGUCAAACUGGUGCAGCAUCCUGACGGCAGGUACGCACCACCAGAGGGUCACUACCCCUUCGAGAACCUAGUGGAGUCCACCUACAUCAUCCGCCCACCCUGGGGGAACGCACAGAGCCUCAUCAUCCCUCCACACAAAACCAUCGAGGUGCCACUCACCAUCCCUCACCGCACGCUGUUCCCUCACCGUCCUCCCGUCACUGACGAGGACAUCAUCACCUUCACCAACCAUAUAGACAGUCUCUACUCCUCACAGCUGCCUGGCGCCACGAUAUGGACAGGCUUCGGCCACCUGUUCGACGAGACGCCGUCUCGGUUUCUCCGCCAGGCGGGGCGCAAGCCGGUGGUGAGCUCAACCCAGCACCAGUCACCCAGCACUAGCCAACAUACUGCCCAGCCAAGCAGCACUGGGCAGUACCUCAUGCAGUUGCCCAGUACCGGGCAGUAUCCUGGCCUUACUGCCAUACCCGCUACUACGUUUGUUUGCGGCUCAGACAAGGGCAAGAUGGUGGCUGACGCGGAAACCAGCUGUCAGGUUUUCCACCUGUGCCAUACCACUGGACAGAAGGAGUCGUUCCUGUGUCCCAAGGGCAUGAGGUUCGACCAGAGAAGGAGUCAAUGUGUCCACUGGACCAAGGUCCCUUGUAUCUCUACAGUUAGGGUUGGAAUUCACCGACUCAACGCCAGUCACGAUCUGAGCAAUAUCUGCACUCUACACACGACCGAGCGAGCGUGUGAGUGUUGCAGAAUACCUUUGUGGUCCAUGGGACACGCUGCUACUGCGACCGUGAAUAGCAUGUUGUCUCAUAAGAAUUUGUCUUUUAUUUUUGGAGGUCUCUUUUAUCCUUGGUUUGGAAUGUACAUGAUGUACAUGGUGCGUAUUCAAUGGGUGAGCUGGGACAUACAACUUCCGCCCGAGGGUCGACCACCAGGACUCGGACGUCCUGCGGGAAGGCCACGUGAAAGUCCUGAGGGAGCUCGGGUCUGGAAUGCUCCACACACUCGCGUAGUUCCUGUUGGGUGGCCAGAAACAUUUGACGGUCGGCUGUCCUGGCAAUGGAAGUCACUUGCCGUAGACACUCCAGAGUGUCGGCAAGGCUUGUACGACAUUGAUGAUUUGUCUGAACCCAGAGACAACGCUGAGUUUGACAACCAGGACAACCCACUUCGACAACAGUCAAGACGCAGCAUGGAGACCAAACACUCCGCUAGCUUGUACCUUUCGAAUAUCCCUACACUCAUAGCAUUCACAGGAGCUGCAGCCAAACACGCUAGCAUCAGCUUCUUGAAUUCAGCGAAAAGUGGAGCCCUUGUCCUGGGUCCUGGAGUCUGUGAUAGUGAGCCAAACAUGAAACACGCCGUGCAAAUCCUACUGUUCCUGUGCGCCGCCGUCCUGGCUAAGGAUGUAGAGAAACGCCAGGCGCCUUACUACCAGAAGCCCUCACCUCAAGCCUACUACAAGAAGCCGGCAGCUCCUCCCCAGCCAUCAUACUACCAGCCAGCUGCCCAGCCAGCCUACCAGGCAGCGCCAGCCCCCGCCUACUACCAACCUGCACCUGCACCUUACUACCAGCCAGUAGCUCCUCAAGUAGCCUACCAGCCGGCUCCAGCCUACUACCAGCCUUCUGCACCAGCCGCCCCAGCCUACUACCAGCCACAGGCCUACCAGCCUCCCAAGCCUAAGAAGCCCAAGGGUCAAGACCUCAGCAAGGUGCCCGGCCAGGCUGGCGUAGACUACCCUAUCUACCACGAGGUGCCCGACACCAAGUUCACCUGCGCUGAAGUGCCCGCACACCCGGGCAUAUACGCCAACGUAGACACCGGAUGUCAGGCGUACCACGUGUGCCACGAUGGCCGAGAGGGUCACCAGGGAGCCAGCUUCCUCUGUCCCAACGGCACACUCUUCAACCAGCACGAGUUCGCCUGUGACUGGUGGUACAACGUCAACUGCAAGGAAGCCCCACAACUGUACAGCCUUAACUUGGACCCACUGAAGAACCCGUAUGCACCAAAGCCAAAGAAGGAAGAAGCGCCGGCAGCCGGUCCGGAGUACUACCACCCGUGAAAACCUUAGUUUAGUAGUACAACUUUCUCAUCUAUUGUAAAUUAUUGACUCCUAAAUAAAAUUGUAAAUUUUGUACCGACA